AUGCAGAAAAGCAAGCUCUUGAUCAAAGCACUCUCCAAUAACAAAGCAAAUUCGACUCAAAAUUGGAGAUCCCAAAUUAAUCAAUCUCAUUUUGUCUCUCAAAUCUCAUCAAUUCUUUUACAAAGACACAAUUGGCCUUCACUUCUCCAAACCCUAAAUCUCAAAUCCAAAUUGACCCCAUCUCUCUUCCUCCAAAUCCUCAACACAACAAAAACCCAACCUCAAAUCUCACUAGAUUUCUUCAAAUGGGCAAUCAAGAACGCUGCUUUUCAACCAGACCUCACUGUUCAAUGCAGAAUGACCCAUCUCUUAAUCGGUUCUGGUUUGGUUAAUCCUUCAAAGCCCAUCUUAAAUUCGCUACUUGAAAACAACCCACCUGCUCAAAUUGUUCAAUAUCUGAUCAAGUCAUGUGCUAAAGAUGUGAAAUUUUGUAGUUCAGAAUCUUUAGUAGUAUUCGAUUGUGUUCUUGGUUGGUAUUGUGAAAAGGGUUUGUAUUUCCAAGCUUUGGAGGAGAACAAUGAGGUUAAGCUGGGAUUGUGUUUUUGUGCUGUUAUGAUUAGACACGGAGUUUUAAUUGAUGGGCUUACAUGGCGUAUACUUGCCAAGAUAUUUGGGAAACAAGGCAAGAUUGAAGCAAUGCUUAGAAUCAUCAAUAUGGGUAUGCAUGAUCCCUUAAUAUACGAUUUAGUGAUUGAAUGUAGCAGUGAAAUGGGAAUGUUUGAAGUCGCACUCCACAUGUUCGAUGAAAUGUCCAAGAGAAAUCUCAAUCCUGGGUUCAACACUUGUGUUUCAGUUCUCAAUGGUGCUUGUAAAUAUAAGAAUGAAGAAGUAAUCAAAUUCACAAUGGACUCCAUGGUAGAAAAAGGGUACAUUUCAAAACCUUUAAUCAAUCGCGAUUCACUGAUUCAAAACCUUUGCAACAUGAGAAAGACUUACGCAGCUGACAUGUUCUUCAAGAUAUCAUGUGAUCUGCAAAACUCAUUACAAAACAAGACUUAUGGUUGCAUUCUACAAGCCUUGUCCAUGGAAGCUCGUGUAAAAGAUGCAAUAGAAACUCAUCAAGUUAUUGAAAAUAGAGGAAUUCAAGUAAACCCCGUUUUCUAUAACGAGUUUAUUAACAUUCUUUGCAACGAAUAUCCAUCAAAAGAAAUUAACACCUUACUUAUAGAUAUGAUCUCAAAAGGGUAUAAACCAUCCUCAUUGGCAUUAUCAAACUACAUAAUCUCUCAAUGCAAGAAACGAAAAUGGAAAGAAGCAGAAGAACUUGCGAAUUUGGCCUUUCAAGAAUCCAUCUUUCUUGAAGCUUCGUGUUGUGGUUUUUUAGUUAAGCAUUAUUGCAAGAGGACACAAAUCGAUUUAGCCAUUAAUAUGCAUGAUCAAAUGGAGGAAAAAGGGUUCACUUUGGAUGAAACAACUUAUAAUGCACUUCUAAAUGGACUUGUGGAGGUUUUUAGGGUUAAAGAUGCGGAAAGAAUCUUUAAUUACAUGAGAAUUAAGAAUUUGGUUACUAGUGAAAGUUUCGUGAUCAUGAUUAAUGGAUAUUGUCGUGAAAACGAGAUGAGAAAAGGCAUGAUUUUGCAUGAUGAAAUGUUGGAAAUGGGACUUAAACCUAGCGCAAAAUUAUAUAAACAAUUGAUUUGUAAUUUUAGGUAG